GAAUAUUUGAUGUUUCACGUUCGACAUUAAUCAAUUGGCGCGCGCGAGCCUUACCGAGCAAUCGACGAUGGAGCGGAACAUCAAAACAAAAACCAGUCCUUCGACUGCCAAAAACGAGUGCGUACAGGUGGUAGUACGCUGCCGGCCGCUAAACAAUAAGGAAGUGACCGGAAACUUUCAAAAGGUGGUCGAUGUUUUUCCGAGCCGCGGCGUGAUCGAGAUCCUCAACUGCAAUGAGGCUUCACGGGAAAAUAAGAAAAUGUUCACGUACGAUGCGGUGUACGAUUGCAGUUCCACACAGCAAACGAUCUACGAUGAGGUGGUGCGCCCGUUGGUGGCCUCCGUAAUGGAGGGCUUCAACGGGUGCGUCUUCGCGUACGGUCAAACGGGAACGGGCAAGACGCACACGAUGGAAGGCAUCAAAAACGACCUGGAACAGAAGGGCAUCAUACCGCGGGCUUUCGAGCAGGUCUGGGCGCACAUUAAUCGGGCGCAGAACAUGAACUUUCUGGUGGCCGUGUCGUAUCUGGAAAUUUACAUGGAGGAACUGCGCGAUCUACUGAAACCGAACUUGACUGCCACGCUGGAGCUACGCGAGCGGGACGGGGGCAUUGUGGUGCCGAACCUGCACUCGGUACUGUGCAAGAGUGUCGAAGACAUGCUGCACGUGAUGCACCAGGGCAACAAGAACCGCACGGUCGGGUUUACCAACAUGAACGAGCACAGUUCGCGCUCGCACGCGAUUUUCCUGAUCAAGAUCGAAAUGUGCGAAGCCGGCGCGACGCUGGUGAAGGUCGGUAAGCUGAAUCUGAUCGAUUUGGCCGGCAGCGAGCGACAGUCCAAAACGGGCGCCACAGCCGAACGACUGAAGGAGGCCAGCAAGAUCAACCGGGCGCUGUCGUCGCUGGGCAACGUUAUUUCGGCUCUGGCAGAGAAAUCACCGCACAUCCCGUACCGUGACUCGAAGCUGACGCGCCUGCUGCAGGACUCGCUCGGUGGUAACUCGAAGACGAUCAUGAUCGCCAACAUUGGGCCGUCCGAGUACAACUACAAUGAAACGCUUACGACACUACGGUACGCGCACCGAGCGAAGACGAUCGAGAAUAAACCGGUGAAGAACGAGGAUCCGCAGGACACGAAACUGCGCGAGUACCAGAACGAGAUUGCCGAACUGCGGAAGUUGAUCAGCGAGCGACAGAAGCGCGAGAAGUCGGUGCCGCGCGAGAAGAAGGCCAAGAAGCGGGCCGUGGUGUCACGGGUAAAGCGUGAACCGAGCCUGGUGCAGUCGGAUGAAAAAUCGGACUCGGAAGUCGAAGAGGAAGAGGAGGACGACUGCGAGAAGGAGAACGAGCAGGACUUUAACGAGCUGGACGCGAAGGCCAAAGAGGAGCUGAUGAAGGAGCGCGAAGCGACGGCCCUGCUCGCCUCGAAACUGCAGGAGCUCGAGGGCCAACUAGUCAAGGGCGGAAAGAACAUACUGGACACCUACACCGAGCGGCAGUUCGAGCUGGAGAAAAAGUUGUCGGAGAUUGCGGAGCGCAAGAAGCGCGAAAUCGAGAUGCAGCAGCAGCUGGAGCUGCAGGAAGAGUCGACGAUGGAGAUACGGGAAACGUUUACCUCGCUCCAGCAGGAGGCUGAGCUGAAGACGCGCAAAUUGAAAAAGUGUUACGCCAAGUGUAUGGCCCUGAAGCAGGAGCUGCAGGAUACGCGCGACGAACACAAUCGCGACCGGCGCGAGCUGGAGAUGACGCAGAACGAACUGAUCAAGGAGCUAAAGCGUUUGCUGCUUGUUAUCGAUAAUUUUGUGCCGGCGGAGGUGAAGUCGCGCUUGUACACGCAGGCCAAGUACGACGACGAGGCCGAAGAGUGGUUCCUGAACGGAAACAUGAUGCUCAGCAGCCACCACGUGGUGUCACGGCCUGUCGCCGAACCAAACCGGAGACGACCGAUGAGCGAGUAUGCGCUGCACAUGAUCAAAACCAACUCGGCUGAUGCCGUUCGGUAUAAGGGGGAAAACAUCAUGAACUACGAGCUGGACAUGCCGCUCCGAACAACGUACGAGUACUCCAACCCGAAAGUUUCGGCUUCACUGCAGGCGGUGCUAGCAGAAGCAAUGCAAACGGAGGACGACAUCGACAUCACCGAUCAAUCCAACUACGCUAGCAUGAUGAAGAUGCGGCUGGAUCAGAUUACCAAGCGUAACAUGCACGCGGAUCAUACAGCUUCCCAUCCGUCAGCGAGCGGACCUGCUGUCCUGGGGACGAGUUCCGGUUCCACGGUCGGAGGUGCCACCGUUGGCAUCGGAAGCACAAUACCCAGUAGCAGCAGCCACAUCCACAAUAACAGUAGCAGCCGAGCUCGGUCGUCAAUUUAUAGCCGAGGCAAGUCAGCGGCACCUGCCUUUGGAGCGCAUUCGGCAGCAUCCUCCAAGAAGGCGUCCACCUCCGCUGCCCUAGCGGCCAGUGGCCAUGGGAGUGGCUCGGGAGUAGGAGCGGGGAGCACGUUCCCGAAGGCUCGUGGUCUCAUUCCGAAGUAGAGUCUGCGCCACGGUGAAACUGAAGUACUCAUCUAGCAUCAUCGUCAUCAUCAUCACAAUCACCACACAUUAAGACGGUCUGAACUAUCAGAGGAACAAUCUCUGGUGGUAUGGUAACAAGUUGCAGAAUCGUUCAUCGCAACGAUCAUUAUAGAAACGUUCCUCAAAGAGAGUCCCCGAUCGUUUCGCUGUGCUUAGCGAUUGAACCUCUCGUUGUUAUCGUAAUGCGUCUUUGCUUUGGGUUUAGUUUCCCGAUUCACAAACAGGCUUUUCCUUUUUUCGCAACCAUGUUUUAUUGUUUCCGAAGGUUAUUGAUGAUUGAAAGAAUGAAGGAAAAGUUUCACUCACGCGCGCGCUUUUGAAAACACACGCCAUUUAUAAAUAUGAAGGACGACAGGAGUUGGAAGGACGUUUCGAUCGAGAAUGUUAUUGAUCCCAGUGAAUUGAGCCACAACAGAUUGAGCGGAAGGAACCAACAUACUCCUGAUAAGUGUGGUUUAGUACACGUAAGCUAAGCUAGACGAGAAACAAAACGAUACUCGAAAGUCGUUUCAAAACGGCCAAUGGGGUGUCACAAAAGAACCAAAAAUGGAGUCAGAGGCGAUGAGAACGACGAGACUCGUGGACGGGACACAAGUUUUCGGAAGGUAUUAACAAACGCUGUGCUUAGGAAUAUUUUUACGUUAUGUUAUGUUACCGUUUCUUACUGCUUUCGUUGUGUUUGUUCGCCCCCUUUCUCCAACCUAAAAAAGAGGUUGCUCUUGAGUUCUUUAUCAGAGAGGGCUUAUCUGCCGCACUUGAAAAGAAGAUUUUCUAUGUAUUUAUUUUGUUACUUAUUUAGAUAAUAUACCUUAUUGUUGGUACAGUUUUUCUGUUUAGUUUGAUAAAGAUUGGAACCUGUAGAGCGACGAUGCUACAAUUCCCAACAAGAUCAUCCUUAUUCAAUCCAUUUAUUUUGAGUUUUUCUGUAAAUAUGGUUGAAGGUAUGAUAAUAAGUAUCAGUUUAUCACAUUUAUAUUUUCUGUUAGUACUGUUUGAAUGUUUUCUUCUAAUUCGUCGGUGCAGCAUUUGAGUGUCUUCAUAGCUCGCGAUCAUCUUGUCAUUGUCACCACCAUUGGGGAUUAGAUUUUUAACCAGCACCAGAGUUGCACGAUGCAUCAUCAUUCAGUACAUGGAUUCUUGGAUCCAGUGUUGUUAGUUGAUUGAGGGCCAGACGCCAUAAGAUCUAGUCUCUUAUCUACGUUACCCACUUUGGAAUGAACACGUUACUUAGUGAACAGCGAAAUAAGGUUGGAUUUAAGGCAUCUCCAAAACAAAUCAUUUCCCAAACAUUCGGAGCAAGACUAAUCCACAUACAAGAAUGCUUUUCUAUCCAAUACAACACACUAUCAUCUCACGGAAAUUACUUUCCAUAAGCGGCGUCGUCAUCUUUAAAGGACAUAUUUUCUUGACAUUUCACGAACGGGGAUUUCCGAAUACCUGCACCACCAAUAUAUGCGCAUCCUAAUACAUUAUCCUAUCGAUCGGAUGGAUGUCUCAUUCGAAGCAGGCUACGCAGCUGGCUGAGAAUCCUUGUAACAGUGGUCCUACCUUACAGCUGCGACUAAAUUUACUAAUAGUACGCCCCAGCAUCGCUUAAUUAUACUCAACGUAGUCAGCAUGUCUGGCUUAUUGCUCGUAUUUGUGAACGUGAAAACAAACAAAAUUAACUUUGUAACCGUCGUCCCUUAGAACAGUGAUAAACGCGGUGGCCCACACGUGUGUAGUGGUCGAAUGACGCACAACUUAAUUCGUGAGCCAUCGAGCUGAAUAGAUUUUUCGGGAGAGUUUAGAUGGGCGGAGGCUGAUCCGUAGCUUACCG